UGGGCGGCUCGCCGGCGAGCUUGGCCGGUUCAUUGCUUCAGUGUCACUGCUCGCGAGUGGCAGGAUUUUCUUCUCGCUCUCGCGCCGGUCCGUUUCGCACGCGAGAGAGUCGCGACGCCGUCGGAGAGAAGGAGAGCCGCCGCCAGUGAGAGAGUGAGUGAGAGCGAAUCGGGGGAAAAAAAGGUCCAAAGCGGAGCUCGCGAAACACAGUUUUGUGCUGAUCGUUUGGAGUUUCGGGAUUCGGGUUCGUCAGUUGCUUUUCAGACCGCCUCUGAACAGCACGCGUUUUCUGCGGAGCAGAAAUAAAGAAAAAAAAAAGGUUUUUUUUUGUGAGGAGACCAAAUUUUGUUCUGAGUCCCUUCUCAGUGGGAAGGAGGACGGUUUUGGGAGCGGAUUUUUUUGGUUCUCGCGCGCGCCAAGUUUCCCACACACGAAAAGUGACCAAGUGUCGGCGAAAAUUUCCCGCGGAAAUUUAAGUAUUUUGCCUCUAAAGUGAGUGCCGGCAAAGUGGAGGAAAACCGGUGGCGAUCAACCAAAAAAAAAAAGAAGCCAUUUUGGAAAAGAGUGGCCGCUAAGUGAACGCAACGCCUACUAAGGUGGGCAAAACCUGGAUACCAAAAGCCGCAAAAGAAAGUUACAACUCCGAGAAAAAAAAGUGUCUAAAAAACAAAAAGGUGGUGUUACACUGUGAGAAAAAAAUAAAGUUAAAAGUUUUCCAAAACACCAAAACAGCAGCACCUUCCCCGAAGGGGUGUCAUGCCGGUAAGGAAAACAACGCAAACUAGCAGAAGAUUAGUAAGCGAUUUGCGAGUGACUAAGAUAUCGACGCCUACUGCGGCACCUCUGGGCCAAGAACAACACCAGGAAGAAUCCGUGACAGUUAGCAACGUAAAGAAGAAAAAGUCGUCUUCGCCGCGGCCAACAAAGAAGCCCGCCGCGAAGAACAAUAGCAAACAGUCGUCAACAACAACAUCAGCGACAGUGUUGGGUGUUGUAGUGGUGGUGCACAACAAUCGAACAAAAGGGCCCCAGUUUGGUGAAUAAUUUUGCCCUGGACCGCGCAAUAGGGUCGGUUACCACACGUUAUUUCUCAGUGACUUUAGGAAAAAAAUUGUAAAGUUACGCCUAAAAAAAGGUUGGUGAAAAUUUGCCAACGCGAAAAAAAUUGUUGAAAACAAAAGUUUAGUGUAAAACACGCAACUCUUCGGAAUUCAGCAGUGCUUCGGAACGUCUGAAAGCGGUUCGAUUCUUCGUUUGGAAAAAUAACGGAGAGUGACCUGAUGUUGGACAUUAAGCGGGAAGCAACGACGACGAUCCCGGACUUCAGGAUGCCUUCGAUCAAGCAGGAGGUCAUCCCGCCGUACAGCUCGAGCUGGGAGGAGAACAACACGAUCGAACACGAGUGGGACUCGUCGUUCCAGGUGAUGCAUAUCGAGUCGUCCGAGUUCAUGACGGCCGUGGCCGAGUUCGAGCAGCUCGAUCCGGCCGGUCUAGGUUUAGGCCUGUGGCCCGACCAGCCGCAAUCCCCGAAGCAGCAGAUCCGCAACCACGACUGCAUGUGGUCCGGAACGUGCGGCGACCAGUCGCACCCGGGCAAGUACUUCGGAUGCGGAGGUAACCACAGUCACGGCCCUCAGCCCCAGCAGGAGGCCGCAUUCAACACCGUCACGGCCGUCGCCGCGGCCAGCUUGAACAGCCAAAAGGCCACCACCAUCCUUACCCCCUCGAACAGCUCCAACAUUAUCACACCAAAAAUCAACCCCGCCAAGGCGGCCCAAAUCCCCGCUGGACGGUCCCUCCUGAUCAACCCCCGCGUCAAGCAGCAGCAGCAGGUCAGCCGCAUCCCGAACGUCUCCACCCAAGACUUCCUCCGUGAGCGCGAGUCCACCGCGACGCACGUCCGCCCGGACACCCCGCUCAGCCUGGACGAAGAUCCGCCAGAGUUCAAGCACAACAUCGACCUCGCAACCUGCACGAUCGGCUCGAACCGCCUCAGCCUGACCGGAUCGCGACACUACAACGCCAACGCCAACAACCGCCACCACCAGCACCACGACGACGCCUCCUCCAGCCGGAUCAUCAACAUGCUCAAGGAGCAGCUCGAGGACACCGAGGGCAGCCUGCGGCCGUACAUGACCAGCUCGAGCGGCGAAAUUGGCUCGCUCACCGACCUGCUGAACGACCUGGAGGAGAUCGAGGGCGACGACGUGGACAGCAGUCACGGUGACGAGGAGCUGGACUCCGACACCGAGUCCAACAGCAGUCGGAGUAGUAAAGGGGGCGGCAUGCCCGGCGGGUACACCCACGCCCACGACAACUCCUCCUCCAGCAGCUCGUCCUCGUCCUCGUCGUAUGAAUACCAGGGAACGCACGUUGGUGAUCACAGUUACACGUUGCCCAAGAAGCGCUACAACCUCAACGAGCUCGGCGUCCAGACGCCGUCCGAUUCCGAGGAAGAAAUCGACGUGGUCUCGAUCGGCGAGAAGAACCUGCCGACCAACCCGACGCCCCGCGACCGCCGCGCCCUCCAGAGCCGGGUCGCGCACAAGAUCCGCAAGCAGGCCGCCGGCGUGUCCUCGCACCACCAGCACCGGCGGCGCCACUCGGACGACGAGUCCGGCUACCAGCAGCAGUUCAGCAGUGGCGUGGCCGGCCCCAGCUUCCAGAGUCCGGGCAAGUACGGCCUCUCGCCCAACUAUCUGACGCCGGCCAGCUCGACGAGCAUUUCCGGCACGAACACCCCGCUGCCGGUGAACUCGCGCAAGCGCCCCAGCAAGGACGACCGCAAGAACCGGCACGGAAGUGGCGGCCACCGCAGCAACAAGAAGCAACGCAGCGGAUCGGUUCCGAGCGGAAGCAAAAAGUCGCCGUCGCAGAUGGCCAUGGCGCCUGCGGCGGCGGCGAUCGCUCCCGCGACCGAGUCCUCCGAGGAGCAGGAAACGCUGGAGAAGCGCAACCUGCACAACGACAUGGAGCGGCAGCGGCGGAUCGGGCUGAAGAAUCUGUUCGAGGAGCUGAAGCGGCAGAUUCCGAGCUUGCGCGAGAAGGAGCGGGCGCCGAAGGUUAAUAUUUUGAGGGAGGCGGCGCAGCUGUGCAACCGGUUGAACCGGGAGCAGGAACAGCUGAACGCGCUGCGGAAGCAGCAGCAGAGGUUGUACGCCCGGGUGCGGCAGCUGCGGACGUCGCUGCACUCGCAGCGGAGGACGAUGGAUUAAGCGAGAAUGGGAGAGAGCGAGAGAGUCGGAAACAAAUGUGAUUUCAGGAUUAAGUGUACGUGAGACGGGAGAGGAGAGGAGAGAGCGGAGAGAGGAGAGAACCCCAGGUGCCAAUAAACAAUAGAGCGAGAGAGCGAACGCGUGAGAGUGUGUGCGAGAGCGGAAAAUUUGUUGUUAAAAAUAGUUGUUGAAGCGCGCGAGAAGCAAGAGAGAAGAAGAAGAAAAAACCACAAUCCAAAGCAAGCAAAACGGCGCGCUGUUGAGGAUCGGGGAGAACAAUAGCACGGCUGACGCUCAAGUAAGUAAUCCCUUCUUUUUAAAUUGAUUGCAAACAAUCAACUUUAAAGAAAAUUUGAAAAGUACCAACUUGCAAAUUGGUACCACCAGAAUUAAUCUUAAUGGUCAAAGAUAGGUUUGAGUUAAAAAUACGCUUGCAAAGCAAUUGAACGAUAACGAUUUAAAAAAGAGAAAACAAAACAAAAUUAUUCUGUAUACAUACUAUAUAUAAAUCUAUAUUAUAUUACAAGAAAUUUGACAUUAGAGUUAGAGAGAGUUGCUACAGAUUGCAUAUUACAGAUUUAACAUCGGGGGAGAAAGAAACGUAAAAAAACCUUUAAAAUUGAAAUGAAUUAUAUUAAAACUGUGUGAACUUCUCACUUCAUGAUAAAAACAAACAAACAAACAAAACAAGCAAACCAACAUUAUUUUUUUUCUUAUUGGAAAAUCAACGCUAGCGUUAAGUUGCUUAGAUUAGCCCACUCUCUCUCUCUCGUAAGAGAGAGUGAUUGAUUUCUGUUGAGGAAUCUAACUUUAAAGAAAGAAAAACUACCCUUUAAAAAAACUAAAAAUAUGCUCUAAACAAUAAUUACGAAUAAACACAGCAACUCCUACUUAUGUAAAGUAAAUUGAAAUCAAUAAAAACAACAACAACAGCAACAUCUUAGUGAUUAGAGAGAGCGAGAGAACGAAGCGCGCGACGAUUGUUUGACCCAGUUUUUGUAAAACCCCUUUUCUUUGAACGCUAGUUUUAGUACGCGCGCGCGCUCGCGCGGUCUAGUUUUUAGUACUUGUAAAUAUCAGAGAUCAGAAAUAAAAAAAAACACACCCCCCCACACACACACACACAAACCUACGACAACUCGCAUUUUUUAGAGAGAGGGAGAGAAACAACAAAUUUGAUAAUGUUUACGCAGUGAAUUUUAGGCUAACAAAACUACUAUUACCUAUAUUAUACUGUUUUUUAGGAUUACAACAAUUUUUUUUUGCGACCUUUGAUAGAGAGAAAGAAACACAAACAACUACUUUAAUUUCAUUAAGUUUAUUUUUAUUACCGAAAUUGGAAUUAAAAAACAAAAAAGUGGACAAAAAUAAAAAAUACACAAAACACAAAACAAACAAAAA